GUGAAACAAUAGAGCAGCUUUUUUACUAACUAACUGCGGAGGAACAUGAAAUCCCAAGCACAUACAUGAAAAAAAGAACACAAAUUAAUAAUAAUAAUAAAGAGUCUUGGAUAUAUUUCGUAUGAUUUGUGCAGGCUUUUCUUUCUGCUUACUAGUCACUGCCUCCUGACGUCGUUAUUGUGGCUUUUAAACCGUCAACAGAGCGCUCCUACCCCCCAGCUAAAAAAAAACAAACAAAAAAAACAAGGACGUCUUGCAACAGAGGCCGUUUGUCACCCUGGAGCCUAAAUAUUACGCAUAUUAACCGCCGCCAGACGCACAGCUGAGCUUGCACAAGUGUGGUUAUUACAGUAUCAUAUAGGACUGUGAGUAUUCAUCGCACAGACUGAAAUGUGAUCUGCACGACAGCUGCUGCAGCAAAUGCACAAAGAGAACAGGCGCGCGUCCGGCUGCAGCUCCGGCUGUGGUGCGUUAAUCCUGCACAGCUCACACAUGCGCAUGUUUAACCGACAGUAUCAGCUCUGAGCGUGGAUGUGGAGAGCUUCAGAGCAGAUAACGAAGGCAUUGUCAUAUCUAAUUGAUAUUCCCUCUGUAGUUUCUAUUUUUUUUUUCCUUCCAGUUCCCACUACAAGCUGCAGGGAGGACAGGGCUUCUCUUGUGUGUUGCUGUUGCCUGAAGCUUGGUGUUUCAAAGAGGGGAUGCAGGGUCUUUAACCUGCUGGAGGAUCAGGUCCGGACACGCAGGGAGGCAGACGCCCAUCCUAUUUGUGACCAUGUGCUGUUGUAAUAUGCGACAUACACAGACAUUAUAGACAACAGCCAGGCUUUGAGGGGGAACAGGAUUGUCCUUUAACGCUUUGCUGGCAGCUGCCAACACAAUUUGCAUAGGGGUUUAUUUUGGGGAAAACAGCUUCAACCGCCGGAGCAGUCGCCUACCCACCUAUGAAUUCACUGGAUUUGUCAGCACGGUUUUUCGUAUAAUGGAGUUUGGACUGAAUUGAUGCUUAUUCAAGCCUGGAUAAAGAAACAGACUACGGCUGGUUGCAGGACUACUCUGGCGCACUAAAUAGGUGCAAUACAGUUCAGGUUUUCGUCUGCCUGAUAGCUACUGUUGGUCAGUUAGACAGUAAUUUUAAUUUGAGGGCUUUACUACAGUGCUGUCCGUAUUAUCACACAUACAUUUAAGGAAAUAAUAUAUAUAAAUUUGUGGACUUUAUAACUUUACUGUAUGCAGUGCCAGCUGCGCCAUUUGGUACAUUUUCCGUUGCACUUUGCUUUCAAAUGGACCUUAAAUUCGGCAUUUUUGUGUGUAUCCUUUAAUUUAACGGUACAAUCCGUAAAAUCUAAACUUAAUUAUUAUUAUAUUUACAUUUUAAACUAAAUAAACUUCUUUUUUUUUCUCUUGGAGCCUUUGGAGAGCUCUCUGCACCUUUGGAUACACCUGUGCACUUUUGGAGAGGUCCAUUUGGAUCCAUAGCUGUCUUUUUGCCUUGUUGGAUUCUUCUCUCUUAAAAUGAUUACCCUGUCGGUCUUUUUGGUCUAGUCCACAAGAAAAGGGUCUCUUUGACUCAAAAAUCCCACCAAUGGGCUAUUUGUAGUCUCCCAAAGAUGCUCCAGGGCUUGGCAAACGCACAAAAGGCAGCAGAAAGUCUCUGAGAACUCAGCUGCGCACUGACUGACAAUUGCUUCUCAGUAUCAACUGUAUGACUAUUGGAUGGACCAGAAUAAGUUGAAAGCAUGGGGGUAGGACAUGGUGUAUUUGAGGAGGGGGCUUUACUGUAUAAGACCACUGAGGUGCCAUUAUAAAGUGGCAUUUUGGAGCAUAUGUAUAUAUGGUGCCAAAAUGGCUAUUUUGGGGUUUUGGGGGCUCUCUGAGCUCUUAAUAAAUGGUUUAGUCCAAUUUGAUCACCCCUACAUAUUCAACAUACAUGGAAGUGUCCUUUUUUGCAGGGAUUGCUGGGAAGAAGAAGGAGGCUGUCGAGGUUGGGGCUGUGGAGAGGGAGGUAUAGGCAGAGCCACUCUCAAAAGCAAUCAUCCUCAAUCAUCAGGAUCCCUAUCUCACUUUAACAACACAGGAGAGGGUUCCUGAGUGAGCUCCAAGAGAAGACAUUUGAUACGUCCGUAUUGAUCCUCACAUCGUGAACUCAUCUGCACCACCUGGAAACCAUGAUGGAAGAGGACAUCAUUGAGGACCGGGCCAAACUGAAGCAGGGCCUGGUCAAAGUGCUGGAGUGUGUGGCCACCAUCUCCUCAGCAGCAGCCGUGGUUAACCCCAUUUUCGGCGUGGCUGGAUCCCUGAUCCGUGUGGUGCUGCACCACGUUGACGACGAGGACAUCCGCACCCUGAAGCGCGAGUUUGGUUCCGUCAACCGGGCGCUGGACGAGAUCUCUCAGCAGAAUCGCAACACGCUGGUGCAGAUCAAGAAGGAAACGCUGGACGGCCAGUACUGCUGUGUGGAGGAGAAUCUGAAGAACCAGUUUAGGAAGUUCAUGGAGAUGGUGGAGGCACGGCCGGAGCACCGCCAGCGCAAAAGAGAUGACUUUGAAGAGAGCUACGCCAACGACUUGGGCGACCAGAACCUGCACACGCUCUUCGAUGGCGUGGACGGGAAACCGAAGCUCUUCAGCAGACCCAUCCUGGAAGUCUACCUGAAGCACUCGCAAGGUGACCGCCGCACCAUGGAGCGACUCUGCACACGCCUCACUUACCUGUUCUGCAUCGGGCUCAUCGCCCUCAUGGGCUACGCCGCCAUCAUCGGAGACGACGAAGAGGGGCUGAGCGAGGAGUGGGCCGAGAAGAUGGAACGGGUGCAGGAGAAGAUGCAGGAAGCUCUUUGCAAGUGCAAAUAAAGAAGUAGCAUGAAGAAGAGCUUUUUUUUUCUUCCACUGCUGCUUUUCCUUCAUAUUCGGGACUCAUAUCCACAUUCCUCCUGGCUUUUUCUAUCCUUAGAAGCUCUUUGUAUGCAUCUGCGUUCACUGUUUGAAAGUCUAGGGAUAAUAAUGAGCUCAUUCUUGUCAAAACACAUAAUUUGUCCAAACUUGCUGCAUGUGCAAGUGAUGUAAAGACAACAAAUUGGCUUCACAUCACAAUUGGCUCAAAUUUACAGAUUAAUAAUGUACAUUGUUCAGGUUAUUUGAUUGAUCUGAAUAAGACCGUGGUGGUUUCAGCUGAUAUAAAAAAAAACUGCAGCGCAAUUUAUCACAAAUCUACUCUAAGCAUUCAAUUUUAGCAAGAAAUGUAAGGAAAUUACACUGUUAUAGAUAUUAACAUCAUCUAUAAAUCAGGCUUUGACAUAAAUGUACCUUUCUAGCUUUAGUGUGUGACAUUGCAAUUAAUGUCUCCCCCAUUAUGCACUUUUUGAAAGUAUUUAUAUAAUAUUUGCCAUGUAUGGUAGUUUUUGAAAAAUAUAUACCACUGUGUUGGGAUGGGCAACAAGCCAAAGUAAAACCUUUACAUUAGAGGCAAACAAGCUUAGGCUCCUGUCACAUGAAUAUGGCAUCACUACAGGGCCUCCUAUGAGUUCUUUCAAAUUUAAACCUACUGUACAUCCUCUGUUUUAUAUUAUACCAUAUGCCACUGAUGUAGUAACUGCUUCUAGACUCAGAGGGACGUACUGUAGGUUGCCACUUAUCUGUAAUUUAAAAACCAAACCAAGAAACAAACAUCCCAAAGUUUCCAGAGCUAUGAAUGUAACUACAGCGAUACAAUCAUAUAUUACAUGAUCAUACUUACAUUAGCAAAAUAUGUUCCACAGGUAUGUUAUGGAUGCGUGGAGCUCAUGAUACGCUAUGCAUACUUGUUGUUGUCUGACACUAAAUGAAUCUUAUUUUACACUAAUAUUUCUGAUGCCGCUGCACUAAGAUCUUGAAUGAAUGUUUUCGGUUAAGAAAUUGAAAACACUACCAUCACAAAUAAAAUCGGAUUUGAUGUAACACUACAUCAGUUAAAAUAAACACUUCAUUAUAAAAAGAAUACUACACUAAUAUAAUUUGCCAUUUGUGAGGUGACAUUAACAAUGGCCUUAAAUGUGCGUCCACUUUCAUCACCCAAAACCUUUUUAGAUGUUUAUUUUCUGACUUUUAUGAUAAAAUGUGAUAUUGAUAAAUGUGAGGAACUGUUAUUAUAGGAAGUUAUAAUGUCACUUCUACUCCCUUGUGCAAUUCUAUCACUCUUAUUUUCUAUUUGAUGUGUACUACAGCGUAAAUGCAAUGCAGGAAGUGCACCAAGUGUUGCUGCAAUAUAUAUACAUAUAUAUAUAUAUAUAUAUAUAUAUACAUAUUAUGAUGUAUGGUCAUUUGUGAGCAUUUAGAACAUGUAAAACAUUUAAUAUCCUUUUUUUUAACAGUUAACCCUCAGCUAGAUAAAUGUUUUGGCUCUUUGUGCUCUUCCUCAUCGGACCAACAGUGCCUAAAUGUGCUAUUUGUUUUGUAUUCUGGUUUGAUUUUUCCUUUUAAGGGGUUUUGUAUAUUCUUGCAAGUACAUUAUUGUAUAAGACAUUAUGUUUUGAAUACUCUAUACACUACAGUUAAGAUUUAAUUUUGCGCCCUUUUUCUGUUUUAGCAAACUGGCGGUAUGAGUAGUAACUGGUGGGUUUGGAUUGCUGUAUCAGGACAGUUCUGACUGUCAGAAAUGUUUAGUUUAAUAGACUAAAUAUUGAUUACUAGACAGAAUCUGAUUGUCAUCAAUGGCUUUCAAUUCAUCUAAGUUUAUAUGUUUGUUUUUUAUAUUUUACCCAGGUCUAACUCUCACUGCUCUCAUCCUUUCAAUAAAUAACCAUGUCCUAAAGUGGUCAAUGUGGCAUUAUGCCAUAUAGUAAACGUUACAUCAACUAUAGUCAAACUGCUGUACAGAGGAAAAUUAUAUGAUCCUCGUCAUGCUUUUUGAGAUGUCAUAUUUGUGAAUAUGUUGCCUUUUUAUGUUACGGAUCUUUGAUGCCUGCUUGUAUAUGCACCAUUAUAAAUAAACAUGGGUGAAAAAUA